AUGGCCCAGGAAACGGCCAAGUCUCGCUGGCCUACGCUUGUGCAGGGCAUGAUCGAUGAUGUCUGUAUUACCGGCGCAGAACUACGUCCAUCCCUCGCGUUGGAAGAAAUCAAGUCGAUACAGAAAAGGCUCCAAAGACUCAGAGAGGAGAUUAUCAGUGACGAUAAGCUACGUCACCUCGAAGAUGACGGUUCGGCAGAUAUUGCGGACUACAAUCGGCUGCUCCUUAAUUUGGGCAAGCUGACCUGGCUCAACUGUCCAUGGUUGUAUGGUGAAUGCUACCUGUAUAGGCGGGUGCAGCUGUUGUUUUCCACAUCCUCUUCCUGGAAAGAGUACGAUGUGUUUAAGCGCCAAAAGGAUUCUACCCUUGUCAAGUCGCAGAAGGCCGUCCAGGAGCUUGCGAGCAGGUUCACUCAAGUCAUUGCAAAUCCGGCACUGCCAGUCAAAAGCUUGGACCACGAGCUGGGGAGACAUGUCUUUGUUGAAUUGACCGAGUUGGCUUUAUGGGGAAACGCAACAGACUUGUCUCUUCUGACCAACCUCAGUCUAGAGGAAAUUCAGGCGUUACAAGGAAGGGCAGCGAUUGAGAAGAGCCAGCGGAACAUUAUCGACAAUGAUAUACUUGAUGUGUGGAAUUAUCUGCGAAAGACGCAGUUGACUAAAGCGAAGCGAAAUAUCGACAUCGUUCUGGACAAUGCUGGGUUUGAGCUAUUCGCAGACAUUCUUUACACGGCAUACCUCCUCGAAUCAGGACUUGGAACGAGCAUCACUCUCCACGCGAAAUGUUUUCCCUGGUUUGUCAGUGAUGCAUUACCCAACGAUAUAGACUUCCUUCUUGAAUAUUUGCAGUCUAUAGGCUUAAGUCCUUUGGCCACUCAGAUCAAGGGAUAUCUUGAGCUCGGCUUGAUACGUGUUGAGGUUAAUCCGUUUUGGACAACGCCUUAUUCAUUUCAUGAGAUGAUCGCUGAAGCACCUGAGCUAUUUCAACGUUUGCAAGACAGUUAUUUGACUAUAUGGAAAGGAGACUUGAACUAUCGAAAGUUGACCAGAGACGGUCUCUGGCCACAUACAACGGCUUUCAAGUCUUCGCUUGGUCCUCUUGGUCAAGGAAGUGGCGUCAAGAUUCUCGCCUUGAGAACAAACAAGUCCGAUACUUGUGUUGGGAUUGAGAGUGAGGAAAAGGUCAAGAUUCUUAACCGGGAGGCACCGGGGAUGGCAUGGGUCAGGAAUGGAAAAUAUGCCGUGAUAUCAUUCAGCGACGGUAGUUGA